AUGGAAUGGUCAAAUGAAAAUACAAUGAUAUUUUUAAAUCUUUAUGAAAAAGAAGGAUUAAUAUGGAAUCCUAAAGAUCCUUUACACAAAAAUAGGAACGCUGUUAGUGAUGCUUGGAAGAGGAUAAAAGAUCAACUAAGUGUAAACUGUUCAAUCCAAGAUCUCAAAAAAAAAAAAGAUUCACUGAUGGCAUCUUUUCGACCACUACUAUCCCAUAAAGUGAAGGAUAGUAUGAGAACUGGUUCUGCGGCAAAUAAUGUGUUUAAACCUAAUUGA